AGCAGCUCUAGCCAGGCUGUGUGUGAGCCUUGGAAAGGAGCUGGUCGGAGCAUACGAGGUAUGCUGAAUAGGUGCUGUGAUCUGCCGUGAAGACUGAGGACAAGCCCAGACUCACUGGUUGUGCUUUUCUGCGGUGUGAGGAAGAGGAGAGGCUGUGCUGCUGGGCUGCUCCUGGCUGUAGGGCGAGAGACAGGGCGAGGCGCCGGGGGGGGAGGCGAUGAACGUCACCAGCCUGUUCUCCUUCACCAGCCCGGCGGUGAAGCGGCUGCUGGGCUGGAAGCAGGGCGACGAGGAGGAGAAGUGGGCGGAGAAGGCGGUGGACUCCCUGGUGAAGAAGCUGAAGAAGAAGCGGGGGGCCAUGGAGGAGCUGGAGCGGGCGCUCAGCUGCCCCGGCCAGCCCAGCAGCUGCGUCACCAUCCCCCGCUCGCUGGACGGCCGCCUGCAGGUGUCCCACCGCAAGGGCCUGCCGCACGUCAUCUACUGCCGCGUGUGGCGCUGGCCCGACCUGCAGUCGCACCACGAGCUCAAGGCGCUGGACUGCUGCGAGUUCCCCUUCGGCUCCAAGAAGAAAGACGUCUGCAUCAACCCCUACCACUACAAGAGAGUGGAUAGCCCAGUGCUACCUCCUGUGCUGGUACCCAGGAACAGCGAGUUCAAUGCCAAGCACAGCAUGUUGCCUCGGUUUCGCAACCCCCUCCACCAGAACGAGCCCCACAUGCCCCACAAUGCCACCUUCCCGGACUCCUUCCCCCAGGCUGGCAGCCUCCCCUUCCCCCUCUCGCCCAGCAACAGUUACCCCAGUUCUCCGGAAGGGGGCAGCAGCUCCACCCUCCCUCAGUCACCGUCCAGCUCUGACCCCGGCAGCCCUUUUCAUAUGCCAGCAGAAACUCCCCCACCAGCAUACAUGCCCCCGGAGGAGCAGGUGACUCAGGACUGUCCCCAACCCAUGGACACCAACAUGAUGGCCCCGCCCCUACCACUCGAAAUCAGCAACAGGCCAGAUGUACAGCCAGUCGCCUACGAGGAGCCCAAACACUGGUGCUCCAUUGUUUACUACGAGCUGAACAACCGCGUGGGAGAGGCUUUCCAAGCGUCCUCCACCAGCGUGAUGGUGGACGGCUUCACUGACCCCUCCAACAACCGCAACCGCUUCUGCCUCGGCCUCCUGUCCAACGUCAACCGCAACUCGACCAUCGAGAACACCCGACGGCACAUCGGCAAAGGUGUACAUCUUUAUUACGUGGGAGGCGAGGUUUACGCCGAGUGCUUGAGCGACAGCAGCAUCUUCGUUCAGAGCCGCAACUGCAACUACCACCACGGCUUCCACCCCACCACCGUCUGCAAGAUCCCCAGCGGCUGCAGCCUCAAGAUCUUCAACAACCAGGAGUUCGCCGAGCUCCUCGCCCAGUCCGUCAACCACGGCUUUGAGGCCGUCUACGAGCUCACCAAGAUGUGCACCAUUCGCAUGAGCUUCGUCAAGGGCUGGGGCGCGGAGUAUCAUCGCCAGGAUGUGACCAGCACCCCCUGCUGGAUUGAGAUCCACCUGCAUGGUCCCCUUCAGUGGCUGGAUAAAGUGCUCACUCAGAUGGGCUCCCCCCACAACCCCAUUUCUUCAGUGUCCUAGACUGAACUGGGAACAGUAGCAGACUUUUAUCACUUGCCUAGAUGGAACUGGGAACAGUGCUGGAUUUCAUCGUUGACCUAUACUGAACUGGGAACUGUAAUGGUCUUCAUCAGUGUCCUAUAUUGAACUUGGAACCAGUACUCAGGGGGGAGGGGGGUGUUUUACUUGAAGGACGUCCGAACUGGGCACAUUGCAGACUG